CUUGAAGGGCUAUGGGAUGCUGACGAUGAGUGAAUCCGGCGCCAAAUCCAGCCAACCCCUGGCCUCCAAGGGGGAGAAGGACGUGGCGGAGAAGAGGGGCCGGGGACGGCCCAGGAAGAAGCCCCAGCAGGAGCCCAGCGAGGCCCCGACCCCCAAGAGACCCCGCGGGCGGCCGAAGGGCAGUAAAAACAAGGCCACCCCAAAAGGCAGGGUAAGUGUCUGGGGACAGGGGCUGUGCCAGCCAAGCAGCCUUGCGCCGGGAUAUCUCAUGACGCUAUACCCAGUAAAACACGACACGUAUCUACACGCCACCUUCCACCACUGA